UACUCUCAGCAUCCCUUUCUCCUGACGAGGUGGAGCCUGGGCUGGCAGUUUUCAUAGCUAUGAGCACAGAACAAGUGAACUUAUUCAAAGCAUUUCCCACUUCAGCGAUCAGUGGUGCAGACAGGAGUCUGGGGCUUCACUGCUCUCCUCCAGCACAUCUGGAAAACUACAGGCAAUCUGUGAACAAGGAGGGAACCAGGACGUGUUGGUAGCUGGCUUAUCUAAGGGAAGACAAAAGGACCCCUUUAUCAUCUUACCAUAUAAAAACAGCUUUGUGCUCACAUAAAAAAAAGGAAAAGUUCUCAACAGUCAUGACAUUGGACAUAAUUACUGGCCAGCUGGGAGCCUGCAGUCAUGUAAUCCAGCUCCUUCAAGACACAGGAUGCUAUCGUAAAAGCAUACUGCCAUCUUCAAACAACCACCCCAGCAAGCUUGGUACAGCUUAAGCUUGGAAAGACAGAGAAUUCAGCAGUGCUGCCUACACCACGCAACACCAUCAACUUCAUGUUCAGCCGUUCUAAUGUAGGAAGUGAUGUCUGACAAUCAAGCUAACCUUGAGGUAUAACAGCUGAUGAAGAAAAAAGGCCCAUUAGGAAUGAGCUCUUCAAAUGAUCAAAUGGCCAUUUUACAUUUACCAAAUCAACUUUGUGAUGUUUUCAUCAGUGAACUUUUUUUUUUUAUAAUUGGUAAUUAAGAAACUCAACUUUACCAACACAAUGAUACACAGUGCUUGCUCUAAAUCACAGACAAUGUUGAUCUUACAUUAAAUUAAUAAUUAUGGUUCAUGCUGUUCUACAUUUCAAAAACAAAAAACAUUUGGCAUACAAAAAAUGUAUUUGACCGACUGGAAUUUGUUGACCAAUUAGUUGACCGGCAGAUCUAGGUCUUCUGGUUUGGUCAUACACUGUUAUUGCCUUGCUUAUCAUUAUUCAAAAUAAAACUUCAGGUGUAAGCACACAGUAGUGUCUCAAGCAAUGACUGAAGCCUACUUCAAGUUCCGUGGAAACCGAACUAUCUAUGUACAGCAGUUUCCAACAGUGGCCACUGAAGCAACAGCCACAACCACAGAUAAAUAUUCUAACCUUUACAUGUAUGUUGGCUUGUUCUUAGGUCUGCUUGCUGUGCUUCUGGUUCUGUUAUUUACUAUGCUAUUGCGUAUCAAGCAUGUUAUCUCUCCUAUUACCACCACUACAGAAAGCUCAGAGAUGCCACAGUUCACAGAUGUAGAGAUGCAAGGAAGGUCUCCAAGUGUCUGAUGGAUUUUACCAACCUGGAUACCUUGCAGACUUUCACAGAUUAACAUGUGCAAUUGCAAACUCUUAAAGCAUGCUGAUGAAUCUUUAAGUAACUUACACGUUAAAAGGAUCAAUGAAGUCUUCUCAAGCAUUUCCUUGUUGAGUAGAAGUAAAACAUUCUGUUCAACUUCUAAAUUCUUUUUUUCUAAAAUGCUUACUUUAAGAUGACAUUGUAUAUGUUGGUUACUUUUGUAUGUAUUAUAACUUUGGAUACAGCACAAACAUACAGUCAAUUGAUGCAACAAACUAUUACUUGUCACUACUAUCUAUGUCGUUGGGUAAUGAAAGUUGUGACUGGAUUUUGAGCCUAUAAUUUAAAGGAAUUCACUGUUUAUCUAAGCUAUGAUUUUUAAUUUGGUUUAAGUAUGUUUAGGACACCAGUCGGCUUCUUUAAAAAUGAUGCAAAGAGCAGGGGUGUUAUCCUAUGGUUACAUGCAAAAUAUGUGGUGAUGCCAACUAAAGAACAAUAAACGGGUAUGUGACUAUUUGCUGUGGUUUCUGCACUUUGCACAUUGCUCUUUGCUCUAAUUAAUAAGUCCAAGGGUAUAUUAAAGUGUAAAGUUUUAUGUAAAGUUUCUACAGCUGACCUUUCAGCAAAUAUAUUAUGUGCCGGUAUUAUAUUUUUUUAUGUUACAUCCAUGAAGACAACUUACAUUGUGACUGAAUGAGGGGGCCGGUAUAGCCAAACAUAAUGGUGGACAUAUCUUUUGAUAUUUUAGACAUUUUUUUUAAAUUGCAGUUCAAUACCACAUACAGGCAUCCUUUUGGCAACUGGAUUAGUAUUUUAUAGGAUACAGUUCCUCUGUUCAUAUGUACUUAUUAUUUGGCAAGAGGAUGAAUUUUGGUUCCUUGCACAAAAUUAUCCUUUUAGUAUGGAGAACCGACCCUGUUGAAAAAUAUUGCCAUUUAUCGCAGAAUAACUAAUAAUAUUGCUCCUUGACAAACCAUGCCUGUCAUGGUUAAAUAUUUUUACAAUGGGUGCAAGAGACAUCAAGAAAAGAAUAUAUGACGACUUAAAUAAACAUAAAAAUAAUGUUACACAUUUUAGCUUCUGUAUGGAAGCCAGCAUGUGUCUGGACCUGAAAUGUCUCAGUUUAUAAUGCAUUACACUGGUCCUAUCUACUCUACUUUAUUGAGUCAGAAUGCUGUUUUAUUAUAAGCAGCCUAUUAUAGCUUAUUUUCUAUUGAAUUAUUUUUUUAUCUAAAGUAAUGUUUACAUAAUGUACAAAUAUGGAGCAGGCCUUCCGUUUUACUGGUAUAUACAUCUGUGAUAAAAGAGUGUCAGGAGAAAUGCAAAGAUAGUUUUGUUUAUAUAAUACUCUGAGUAUAAUACUAUGAGGUUCUGUAACUACAGAAGAAUUUUGAAGUGAAAGAUUCAUAUGGAUAAAACCUGUGGUUGCUUUGUUAAAUUUGGCACAAUUGAGAGCCCUAGGUUGCAGGUAUAGCAUCAGUAGCAAUAAGUGACUGAAAAGUACAUUUUUUUUGCCUUCUCCUCGUACACAUGGUGUUGAGUCUUUUGAAGGGAACCUCAAAUGAAGAUUUUUGUCAAUGUACAUUUUAUUGUAUAGCAUUGUUGUGCAAUUCCACAUUAUAACAAAUAAACAUAUGUUUAUUCUGUA